CUAAAUGUAGUCAUCCAGAGGAGCGAGCUGAAUCAGUCUGAAUGUAGAGGAAAAACUCAUUUACGUGCGCGUACUCGAACUGUACGGCGUUCCCAAUGGCAGCCGCGUUUUGCCUGAAGAUCAGUAUUAUUGUUGGGCUGCUAUUCGGAAGGGCUCAGCCCGCUCGUUUAUACACCGAAGAGGAUCCGGUUGUAAUAUUAAGCAGCGACAGCUUGAAGCAGACCGUGUUGAACUCCUCCAGCGCCUGGCUUGUCCAGUUUUACUCGUCGUGGUGCGGACACUGUAUCCAGUACUCGCCGACAUGGAAAGCACUGGCUGGAGAUGUGAAAGACUGGGCGCAGGCCAUUCGCAUUGGAGUUGUGGAUUGUGCUCAUGAGAAGAACUUCGACAUCUGUAAGGAGUUCGGGAUCCACUUCUAUCCCACCUUCAGGUAUUUCAAGGCACAUGACACCACAAAUGACUUUGGAAAGACAUAUCAAGGAGCUGACAGAGAGCUUCAGACAGUCAGGCAGUUGAUGGUGAACUUCAUCCAGAACCACACUAGGCAAGACUGGCCUGUGGGCUGUCCUCCGCUUCACUCUGCCAGGUCUGAGGACGUCCUGUCCUUAAUGGGGAAGAAAACAGAGCAUUACACUGCAGUUAUAGUUGAGGACGGAAACUCCUACAUAGGGAGAGAGGUAAUUUUGGACCUAAUGCCAUAUGAGGGUUUGGUGGUGAAGAGAGCUCUGAGCUCAGACCAACUUCUAAUGGACAAGCUGGGGAUUAGUUCAGUUCCCUCGGCGUACCUUUUCCAGCCCAACGGCACACACACUGUUAUGAAUGUGCAGAAGAAGCUUCGUUUUUUCUUCUCCUCCUUCCUAAAACUCCUCCCUGGAGUACACAGGAAACAGUCCACCUCGUCCCUGCAGCGUCCUCAGCCAGGGAAUAAUGGACAGGGAGCCCAGGCGGAGUGGAAAGAGUUUAAAAAGUCUAAGGUAUACAUGGCAGAUCUGGAGUCUGGCUUACAUUAUCUCCUGAGGGUUGAGCUAGCCACCCACAAGACCUUAGAAGGAGAAGAGCUUAAAACCUUCAAGGACUUUGUAACUGUUGUUGCCAAGCUGUUUCCAGGCCACCAGUCUGUGGUGAAACUCCUGGAGACGUUACUGGAAUGGCUAGUCAGUUUACCUUUGGAGAAGAUUCCCUAUGAUGCUAUCCUGGAUCUAGUUAACAACAAGAUGAGGAUCUCGGGGCUGUACCUGAGUGAACAAGUGCAGUGGGUUGGAUGCCAGGGUAGCAGUGUGGCACUAAGAGGAUAUCCAUGCUCCCUCUGGACUCUGUUUCACGUUCUGACAGUGCAAGCUGCCAACCGGCCUGAUGCUCUGGCCAACACUGGUUUUGAGGACGAUCCCUUGGCAGUGCUUCAGACCAUGCGUCGCUACAUUGGGACCUUCUUUGGAUGCCAAGAGUGUGGGAAGCAUUUUGAGGAGAUGGCACAGGAGUCUCUGAACCAGGUCAAGACUGUUGAUGAGGCAGUGCUGUGGCUCUGGAGAAAACACAACCAGGUUAACGCAAGACUGACAGGUUCGAUGAGCGAGGACCCGAUGUUUCCUAAAACACAGUGGCCAACCCCUGACCUCUGUCCCACAUGCCACGAGGAGCAGGAAGGCCUUCAUGUCUGGAAUGAACAGAUGGUGCUCGCUUUCCUCAAGCAACACUACGGCGCUUCAAACAUCUCUCCAAAAUACUCCAGCAGCAGCCAAUCAGAGCCAGGCCCACCGGCGCCCGACAAACCCAAAGCCAUAACCAAACCCAACAGCAAAAUCCACAUCAACAAGAACCUCAAGUCUCCCGAGAUCCUUCCCAAACAUCAGAAAAGGACUGAUAGUGGUGGUGAAGCAGAGAAGCACAGCGGCGUCCAAAUUGAAGCUAGGCCGGGGAUGACGUUCCUGGGUUUGGGAUUCUCCAGCGUGGACAUGAGCCUCUGCGUGCUGCUAUAUGCUCUGUCCUGCGUUUUCCUCAUGUUCAUGUUCUUCUUCUUUCGCUUUCGCUCAAAGAGAUGGAAAUCCAAAAACUACCGGCCGUAUGUAUAGCGGAGAUGGGACGCUGUGAGGAGAAAAAAAGGUGAAUGUAAUAUAUGAAAACCCCUGCCAAGUGUUAAAGGAGACUUUUAAUUUAUUUGAUUUACUUUUUAUUCGUUCCGUUGUUGUUGUUGUGAAGUAUUUUGUAAUGAAGAACUUGACUGAUUGGUUUGGUUGGUGAACAAGCACCUGUUAGCAAGUAUUGCUCUACUCUAAACCAAACGAGGGAAUGAUUGAACAUGAGAAACUAUUUUAUUAUGGCAAAAUGAACAACUUGGGUCAAAGUCUAUUUUUUAUGGAAUACUCUACAUUAUUUAUAGAGAUUUUUAUUGAAAUAAUAUAUCCUAAGUUUCUCGCCGGGUAUAUUAUGAAAGUCACUCUGUCCCCAUAUUUCUGUUUGAUGGUCCAAGAAAACACUUGGGAAUUUGAUUUAUUUUGUCGCCCAAGGUCGCUCGCUGAGAAACCAGUGACACGAAACACUGCCUGUCAAUGACCAGAGGUGGAAGGAAAAACCCUUUGUUUUGAGAAUAUAAAGGUUGCUUUUUCAGAAAAGAGAGCUGUAUAUAGACUUCUUUUAAAAAAUCUGAUUUAUUCUGGAUUUACAUGAGUACAGUUAUAUAAACUACUAAUGACAUUUCUUCUGAAUUUAAAACAGAAAUGUUGACAUUUAGCAGAGGUGGGUCACAAGUCUCGAGUCAUACCCUGCAAGUUUCAAGCAAGUCAAGUCAAUUUUUGUCAGACUCAAGUCAAGUUAAGUUAAGUCACUGCUUAUUUCAAGUCAAGUCGUAGCUUGGUCUAGCAAGUCACUCUCAAGUCGAUCAAAUUUUUGUCGAUUUUCGAACUUUUGCAACUUUCUUUUGCAAUUUUUUUCUAUACAAAUAGUAUAAACUUUGAUUAGCCAAGAUGUAAGCUGAAAACAGCAGAACUAACUUCGUAACUUACAAUUUUUGGUGUGAUUUGAAGUGUCGAAUGAAAUUAGAAGUAGUGGUAAUUGAAUCACUGAUUUUUGAGUUGCAUGCUUUGCAUGUUGCUGAUCUUUUUUUUUGGCAUUGUUUUGCUUGUAAUCUUUAAACUCGAAUUUAAUUAUCUUUAGCGGAGUGCCUUCCAUUUUCUGUUACUACAUGCUGUUCAUCUGAUGGUCGAAUAGCAAAUGAAUCUAUCUAAUGAAUCGUUUAAAGUCGUUCUUCUUAAUGUCCCGAUUGGUCCAGUUCAGCAAAUACAACUGAUUCUCUUAAAAUGUUUUACAUUUCCAAUAAACACUAAUCCACAAAUUGCUUAAAGUUACUUAUCUUUUAGCUUGCCUGGCACUCCCUCUGACAUGGAAAAAAAACAAUAUCCCGAGUUAUCCACUCACCUAAAUCAUCAACUCGAGUCAGGAGUCAGUUGCAGUGCUUUAUUCGGAACUGUACAGAGAACCUAACUUUCGGACCAAUCUGAAAACCGAUGAGCUGAUAAUACUGACCGUGGGUGACUUAGAACUUUCAGGUUUUAUUUUAAAGAAUGUAUAAUAUAUAACAAACAGUUAUGUAUUUGACAAAAACAAGUUAUUUUGGGUCAUUUAAUUCAAGUCUCAAGUCAAGACAGUCAAGUAAAAGUCAAGUCGAGUCCUCUUUGCGCGGUUGCCUAGCCCUAGCCGUGGCUGAUGCCGACUCUUAAAAAAUCUGCUGCUCCAAUUGGAAACUUUUGUUGUGUUUACCUUAUGAUUAAAGUUAAUGCACGUUCACCGGAGGUUCCCACCUCUGAAUGAGCGAGUUUUAGCUACUUGUACAUUGAAGUAGCAUUCAGCAAAAUAAAACACUCU